AUGAACGUUCAUCACGCCACGAAGAAGACCCACAACAGUCAUACUCACGUAGAUUCGCAUGGAACUCAACCCUCUGUAGCUCAACGCGCAGGGCUACGCGGAAGUUCGAAGCGAAAUCCCAACCAGAAGGCAAAGAAACACCAACCCGACGGUCACGACGCAUUGAAGGUAGAGCUGAGUGUAAAUGGGUCAGUCGUGGAACAACGACUAGCUAGUGCUGUCCGGACAAAGCGAUUGGAUUUAAGUCUUCCUCGACAUGCCCAAGCUCUGUUGGAACACAUCCAGUCUUUCCACAUAUUCCCUGCGAUGAUAAUUGAUCACGUGAAUCGAGGUCACCACCUGACAGAACUCUGGCUUACAAACCAUCACCUCGAUUGUCUUCCAGCAGAAAUCGCAGUUUUUAACAAGCUUCGCGUCCUCGGCCUUGCUGGCAAUGCACUUGCAGUUUUACCGGACGAAUUAAGUCAGUUAACAGAUCUUGAGGCGUUGUAUCUGGAGAAGAAUCGGCUUCGAACAGUGCCAAUCAAAGUAACAUUCCCACCCAAGCUGCGUGAAUUACGACUGGAUAACAACCAGCUCUCAACUUUUCCGACGCAGAUCACGAAACUGAGACUACUUAAUCGCCUUGGUUUGAGUCACAACCAACUAAAAUCUAUACCAGAGCAAAUUCAUCGCCUCCGCAAUCUUGUGGAGCUCGAUUUGGACUACAAUCGCAUCGACAGCGAUCUACCCGAUGGGUUUGCAGCCCUUCAAAGGCUGGAAAGGGUUGGUCUCGAGGGCAACUUUCUUGCUGAGAGACCAGCAAUUCUCGACCGCCUACCAGUGAUGUCGUAUAUCCGACUCAGUGGGAAUCGCUCAAAGCAAUUUCUGCCUAUGACGGAUAAUAUUGAAGUGGGAGCGACACGACAGCUUUUAGCUGUGCCUAAGCGCCACGACGGAUACUUCCAGUGCGUCGAGAGCAGCACUAAAAUCCAUGGCACGGAGUUCGGAGAGCACAACGAGAAUUGCCAACCCUUAGAGGGACUGGUUCCCUGUCGCGACCAGAAUAUUCUCAACACGUUGAUGUAUUAA